AUGGGUUACUCUAAGUUUCUUGCCCUCCUCGCAGCAGCCGGCCUGCCCCUUUCCCAGGCAGCCGUGCCCACUAUCCCAGGUUUCACCCUGACGUGCCUUCCCAACACGGCCAACUGGAUCUUCUCCACGGGGACCUCGUACCCGGGCGGCGCCGCCAACUGGGGCACGGGCGAGAUCCAGACGUAUACCUCGAGCGCCGCGAACCUGGCCCUCACCGGCAACGGCACCCUCGGCAUCACCACCAACGGGCUCUCGGGCAACACGGUCCCCUCGCCGGCGAUGCAGGGCAACUACCUGACCUACACGGUCGAGGUAGACCGCACCAACCCCUCGGCCGAGGCCAUCCACUGGUACCUGGGCGACACGCUGUACCACACGGUGACCGCGGCGCAGGUCGGCGACGCCACCGUUUGGGCUAACGCUGUUCACGGCUCGUACUUUGUGCUGCUCAACCUCGCUAUCGGCGGCUCGUUCCCAAACAAUGUGUAUGGGAGCACGACGCCUAUUGCUAGCACGGCGGCGUCUGGCACCAUGUUCGUCGAGUACGUUGCGGUUUACAACAGUGUUUAG